CAAUCAUUCAUUCAUACGAGUAAGCAAUGUAUGGCCGGAGCUUGAAGCGUUUUGAGGUCGUGGUCCUCAUUUUCAACAUAUUGCUAGCGCGAGCUUCUCUUGAUGAGUGUCCUGCCCUAAUCCCCGCUGCCGUGAAGUCGUCUCUCAGCAACGGCGCGUGCCCCCUGCCGAUCGACAACGCUUCAGGUCCAUGGCCAGCAGCAGUGUCUCCAUGGACACACCGUCCAGAGUGUGAAUACACAGCAGACCGAACAGCUAAGUACUGUGUGUAUACGAAUUCCCGACAUGGUUCCCACGGCUGGAGCCUCAUCUCGUCUCCCGAGACCGCGGCGGACAGUGUACGUUUCCUGGACAUACCCUUCAUUCCCUCCAGGCUCAAUGCUUCCCGUGAGGCGGAUCCCCUAUACAGGAUUCUCGAUAUUCCUGGAAAGGGGAAGGGGCUUGUAGCGACAAGGCGUAUCAGGCCCUAUGAGGAGUUGCUUCUCGAUUAUGCUACCAUCGUUGUUGACAUCGCCUUUACCACAAAUGUGCCAUCAAUCCUAGGUUAUCGGCUGUUACGCGCAGCUGUCGACCGGCUCGCAGACCCUGUUAGCGUUUUGGAACUUGGGAAAAGCAACGAUUUCGCACAGGACGACGUGGAGAACGUCCUGAGGACCAAUGCCUUCCACACAUCGCUCGGAGGUAUACCGCACAUCGCACUCUACCCUACCGUCUCAAGAAUUAACCACGCAUGCAAGCCCAACGCAUACACUCGGUUCAUGGAAGACAAGCUCCAAGUCAGCGUUGUCUCUGCCCGUGCCAUCGAAGAAGGCGAGGAAAUCACAAUCAGUUACAUAGCACUGGGACAAACAUGGGAGGAGCGUCAGAACAAGCUUAGGCAAUGGGGCUUCAAUUGCACUUGCAGCCUCUGUACUGCCAGUAAAGCAGAGAUUGCAGCUUCAGACGCUCGUCGACGGCACAUCGAGUCACUCUGGACGCAAGCUGCCCAGGCGUUUCAGGCGGGAAAACCGUACCACGCACUGCGCUUCACACGGCAGAUCAUCAAGCUGCUCCCAUCCGAGGACUUGUUCCCUAUGUACGCCGAGCAGUAUGGGAACAUGGCUCGGAUAUACUUCGUCCUGGGGGACAUGGAGAACGCUACAAAGUAUGCUACUAUGAUGCUGGAAACUCUAGCGCUGCAGGGCGAUAUCGAUAGUGUAAGGCCUGAGCAUUACGAGGAGGUGUGGAGGAGGUUUAAAAAUGGAGAGGAACUGAAGAUAUGAUGCCAGUGAUUGUAACGAAUAGCAAAUGUAUACACUGGAGAAGGAUGUUCUGUGAUUUUUCGCUAGAUAGAGCAAUUUUCUCCG